CCAAGAACAACCAAAACAAUUCAGCUUUCCUAGAAUCAAAAAUAAACCCCACUAACACCAUCAGGGCAUUUGAAUAGUAGCUCACCAAUUCAAAUCGCUCUAUCGUUCACAGGCUCUCUGACUGCUCUCUACUUCCUUUACUUUUGAAGAUUGUUCUUCAUUAAAGAUGAAUUACAGAAAGAAAAAAUCCGGGGUUCUAAUUUCCCUGCUCCUGUGCAUCGCAGUGAUUCCUAUGUUUUUCAGUCCUUCAUGGAAUUUAUCUGUUUACUCCUUUGGGCCCUGGAAGUCAAGCUUUUGUUCCUGUCUCAAAUGUAUAAGAGAUGGUGAUCCUGGGUUUAGGGAACAGAUGGAUGCAUCUCCUGAACCCUUUUUGUCAAGAAAACACAGCAUCUCAGAGAAUGAUUUCCUCUGGUGGAAGAAAAUAAAGCAGGAAAAAUACAACUUCGCUUUCUUCAAUGCAACAGUAGACAAGGUGUUUGAGAUGCUACCGAUCAUUUCAGAAGAUGUAGAACCCAGGCCUGAUCGCUGCAGGAUUUGUGCUAUAGUGGGGAAUUCUGGUAAUUUGAAUGGAUCACAUUAUGGACGUCUGAUUGAUUUGCAUGAUUUCGUAAUAAGAAUGAACUAUGGGCCGACCAGAGGCUUUGAAGUGGAUGUUGGAACCAAAACAACUCAUCGUGUUAUGUAUCCAGAGUCUGCUAGCUUAUUGGACCACACCACUCGCCUUGUGUUUUUUCCAUUCAAGAUGGAGGAUUUUUUGUGGCUCCUCGAGAACGUUGGCACUGAUUUAAAGAAACAGAGCCUAGCCAACAAGAAUUUGGUGAUGAUCCUUAAUCCGGCUUUCAUGAAACAUGUUCAUCAAGUUUGGUUGCAAAAGAAGGGUGCUUAUCCAUCUACUGGCUUCAUGGCUUUGGCUUUGAGCUUGAUGAUUUGUGAUGAGGUCAGCGUCUUUGGGUUUGGAGCAGACAGCGAUGGAAACUGGGGCCAUUACUUUGAAAAAAUCAAAGUGCAAAAUUUUGGAACUGGAUAUCAUCCAGGAAAAUAUGAAUAUAAUCUUAUUCAGCAGCUACACAAAAUACAGAAAAUCACAUUGUAUAAAGGACAUUAAUUUUUUUCCUUUGUUGCUCCUUCCUCUUUUUCCAUUUCACAGUAAAACUUAAUUCAUUAUUAAUGUGAUUUGUUCUGUGCUUCAGUGUUUUCUUCUUUAGAGGAGUCAUCAGAUUUCUUUUCAUAAAAUUGAUUCUCAUGGUGCGUUUUUAUAUAUUCAAAGACAAGCUCUUUAGGUUUACUAGUGCUUCUAAACCAUAGAUGUUAAUGUGAGUGUGAAAAGUUCUCUGUCCUGAGACUAGGGUGUACCUUCUUCCUGUCACAGUGGAAAUAGCAUUGAGCUACCUCUCCACUACAGUCAACUACAUAAGAGCUGAAGACGAUGGAUGGAUGGAUAAGUGUUUCUUUUGAGUAGGCAUCAAGAUUAUGAUAGUUAGCUAAAAGUAAACUGAAACUAUAAGCAAAUAUUCUUAAAUUCUCUAUUGCCCUUCCACACUUUUUAAGCAGCCUAGUGUUGAUCCACUAAUUAUUCUUUAAAUCAGACUUAAUGUGCUUUUAAUUACAAAGAAUGUGUUCCCUUUUUACACAUAAAAACUGUGUGGUAAUCAUUAUUAGGAUGUUGAAAAGGUGGUGCAGAAAGCUGGUCAAAAGAAAAAACAAAAAUAAACCCCAUACAAACUUGAAAGAGCUGGCCAAAAGAACCAGACAAAAUUAAACAGCUGAUGAUGGACAGAUGCAACAAUACCGAUUGUUACUACUUUGUGCAAUAAAGAGGAUGUAAGUUGUAUCACAA